CUGUUAUCAAAACAACAAGCGUAUUAGCUCUGUUUGUGAGCUUAUCGUUUUAAAAAAAAUAUUAUUUUUCAGGUGGAAUUUUUCUUCUUUUUUUUUGCUCUUGCAUUAAAAUGCAUUUUUCGUCAUGUCUGUCAAGGUUAAAAUGACAUCAGAUAAGUGAUUGGUUAUCAAUGUGGAUUAUAGAUGCAAAAUUCAAAUUUUGGAAUUAAUAAAUUCCUGGAAUAAAGAAGAUGAAAAUUGUUUCUAGGCAGUUUCUAUGUCAUGUGGACUUAAAAACCCAAAACUUUAACCUUUGAAGUGGAAAAAUUCAAGAUUAAUCAUAAAGGAAUACAGAUUAUGGAUCAAGAAAAUGUUAAAAACAACGACGAGGAUGAUUUCUUAAGUUAUGUGAAUGUUAAUUUUUAAUUACUUGAUGGAUCUAAUGAAAAGAAUGUGGAACUUAAAAUUUCCUUGUUCCUGACCAUAAAACACUGCCCAUAUAUGCUGCAAAAAUCGUGAAUUUUAUACUCAUCUCUAAAUCUUAAAAAUCUUGAAGACAUCGUCUGAUUGAUUCAGAAUAUGAUGGUUUUGAUUCCUAAUGUAAGGUUGGCGUGCUAAUGACUUUGAAAUUCCUGAACCGUAGGAAAUUGCUUUGAGACUUUAUUCACUUGUUUUGAGUCGUAUACCCGAAUGACACAAGUCAGUUAAUCGAUCUGAAAUCCGGCUUGACUCUGGCAUGGUGCUAGAUUUAAAUCAAUGCCAGCAUCAUGCCAAAGUCAUGCUAGCUUGGUGAUGGUCUCCUUUGCUGACAUCGUGGAUUCUACUUAGCAGCGUAAGAAAGUUCUAUGUUAUGUUUAAUAGUUUAUUCAGGAAAUGCAGAUCUUUCUUCCUUUAUUUUUGACCCAGUAAAAUUAGAAUCUUUCCGAUCAUGUUGGAAUCAAUUUUAUUUCCAACAAAGAGUUUAUAAACAAAUUUCUAAAAACUAGAACAUCAUCAAGGUCAUCGAACUGGAAUAUAAAAUCAUUAACCGUAGACAUCAUGAAUGGAUGCACCUACGACACUUAUCAAAUCUCUUAUCAUAAGAAAUAACGUCUACAAACAUAAGUGAUAAAGGCUAUACACAAGUAUUUGUGUCACAACAGUUUUAUAUAAAAAUGUUCAGUUGGAAGUGUCAUUUAAUUGACAAGUAUCGAACAAGCUAAUCAAUUGCUUAAUAAGUUCCUCAAAAACAAGUAAUUUAAAAUUGCGAAAAUUUUAAAGUUUAAACUUUUCCAAAAUUCUCCCGAAAUUUUGGAAAGUUCUUAAAAAACUUUGGAAGAUCCUCCAAAGAAAACUUAAAAGAUCCUUAAAAAGAAUCAGAAGACACUCGGAAUUUUCUGAAAGUCAAAAAAAGUUUACAAAAAAACUCAAAAAAUCAAUUUAUUUAAUUAAAAGUUUUCAAAAGUUCAUAAAGCACAUAAAACAUAAUUCGCAAUGGAUAUGACAACAGCUAAACCAGUUGAUCCAAAUGUUUGCAUUCCAAAAAUGGAUAUGUCAUUGCACUGGGGUACUUGUGAAUGGAUUUUAGUGAAAUCAUGGAAAGCAGACACUACAGGAAAAUUUGUAUUCGCUGCUAUUAUAAUAUGCAUCAUAACCGUGGCUUAUGAGGGAUUAAAAUUCUAUCGAGAACACUUGCUUUAUAAAGCACAAAAAGCACGUGCAGAUAAAUUAAGACAGUCUGAUGCUCCUUUAGCUAGAAAUGAUGGAACGAAAAAUUAUAAACAAGACCUAUUCAACCUGCAACACGCUCUACAAACUGUUCUUCAUGGCAUUCAAAUUUUCGUCUCCUACAUGCUUAUGAUGAUAGUCAUGGCUGCAAAUAUGAACCUUAUUAUUAGCAUUUGUGUCGGAGCUGCUGCUGGACACUUUUUCUUUGCAUGGAUGAAAAAGGAUGCAUGUGGUGACGAAACUGUUCAGCGAUGUAAUAAGUAAGCAAGAAAUGUCUCACAGCCAAGAGUGAAGUUCACGAUUUCCAAAAGGAGAAAAAAAUCUAAAACUCAAAAUGUUCUGGAUAUUUUCAAGUAACUGUAACUUCAUGGAUAUAAAUAAUUCUUAAAUUAUUAAUAAAGAACAAAAAGUUUUCAUACCCAAAAAUUUUUUACACUUUCUUCAAAUUCAGUCGGAAUCAACAAAAGCCAUUUUUUUGCGAUUUAAGGCCCAAGCUAAUCAAGAACAGAUUACAAAGAAAGGACACUUAAAAGUGAUACCAAGAUAUUUAAUUUCAUCAUUUAUCUCAUUGACUUCUGUGUGUGGUAUGUCCCAAAAUUCUUUCAAGAACAAGAAAAGCAAAAAAAAAAUCUCAAAUUUCACAGCGACCGUUCGCACAUUUAAGGAACAUAAGAAACACUCAUCCAUGUGCUACUGUCAUCGAAAUUCAGCUCUGAAAAUGUUUUCUUAAGUUUUUUUUUUGCUACAUGAAAAAAAUAGAUCUUGUGCAUAUUUAAAAGAGUGUCAUUAAGGAAGUGGG